AUGGGUCAAACUCUCUCCGAGCCAGUUACCGAGAAGCACACGACCGUCGUGCUGCGAGAGAGGCAGUACUGGGUCGGUCUGUCCGACAUGCAGGGCUGGCGGAUAAGCAUGGAGGAUUCACACUCGGUGCACCUCUAUCUUCCGCCUGGUGGCUCGGACGCACCUCCCGCUGAGGACAUUACGGAACAGCCUGCUGGGUCGACAGUGACCAAUGAUGGCAAAGAGGAGAAGGGACUUGCUCUGUUUGCAGUGUUUGACGGCCACGGAGGUUCAACGGUUGCAAAGUUCUCGGGCACCACGCUGCACACCCGCCUCGCCAACCUAGACUCGUACAAGGCGGGCGACUACGAGACUGCGUUGAAGCAGGUCUUCCUCAAGACGGACGAGGACCUUCGUGCCGACCCCACCUUCUUCACCGAUCCUUCUGGCUGCACUGCAGUUGUUGCCCUUGUCACUCCCGAUGGCCGUAUCUUCGUCGCCAACGCAGGCGACUCGCGCUCGGUGCUUGGGUACAAGGGCGAGGCCAAGGCCAUGUCCAACGACCACAAGCCAACCAACAAGGAGGAGACCGCGCGUAUUACCUCGGCUGGCGGGUUUGUCGAGUUUGGGCGUGUCAACGGCAACCUCGCACUCUCUCGCGCCAUUGGUGACUUCGAGUUCAAGCAGAACUUCACCUUGCCACCCGAGCAGCAGAUUGUGACUGCGGACCCUGAGAUCUUGGUGCACCAGAUCGACAGCGAGGAGGAGUUCCUCGUCCUCGCCUGUGACGGCAUCUGGGACUGCCUUUCAUCGCAGCAGGUGGUCGACAUUGUCCGUCGGGCCGUGGCCAAUGGCGAUGACCUGGGCAAGAUCUGUGAGGACUUGAUGGUUAAAUGCCUCGCAACCGACUCGGAGACUGGCGGCAUUGGCUGCGACAACAUGACGGUCGUUGUCGUUGCUCUGCUUGGCGGCCGUACCCAUGAAGAGUGGCAGGCGUGGGUCAAGGACCGCGUCGACAACAAGGUUGGCCGCGAUACUCCCGAGUCGAUCCCCGACAUCUUCGGCCAGGCGCCGCCAUCUGUCGGUGGCUUCUCUGGCGGUGGCUUCCGCAUCGCUGGCGCCGGGGGCCUCGUCAACAUUGCGAGCAUUUUGGGCGCUUCUGGUAUCACUUUCAAGACACCCGAUGACGACGACGACGACGAUGAUGACGAAAUGCACGUUAUCAACGACGGCCAUCUCAUGGUUGUCGAUGAGGAGGAAGGCGCCAGGAUCCAUGUUGUUGACGAGGACGGCGAUGUACAUGUCGACUCGGAGGACUCGGACGCUACCGCAAACGCCGCCGAUGCCGCUGCCCCCGCGGCGCGCACGGCCCCAACGUUCUCUUCCAUCGGCUCCCCCACCGUGCCGACGCCCAAGCCUCUCCAGGUUGGAACUGAGUCCGGCGAGGAGGCUGACAAGGCAACCAAGUGA